AUGUCCGCUGAAAUAACGCUAGUUCAGGAGAUACAGAAGUACCCGUGCCUUUACAAUAACAACCUGCCGGAAUACAACCGUAAGGAUCUGACCGAGGAGGCAUGGACGGAAGUUGCCCAUAACAACAACCUCACAGUGAGCGAAUGCAAAGAAAAGUGGAGGAACAUACGAUGUUCGUUUUUAAGAAGCUUAAAGCCUACUGCUAAAUUCAAAAAGCCAUACUAUUUGACCGCUUACCUGCAAUUCAUUUUACCGUUUAUGAAAUCGUUAAAUAAUUUGGAAAUUGUUGAGGAAUCGCAAACAAAUGAAGGUCAGAGAACUCAUCCCUCCAAGGAUAUAACAAUAAGCACUGUCAAGUCAGAGCCGGAAGAAGAUUUCGAAGGGCAAUCGGAUGAGGAAAGCGUUAAUUUGGAAAUCCCUGUGACUAUUGCUGAAACCAUUAAUGCUGAUUCACUGAUAUCACGUCAGCCAUUAGCAUUUCGAAAGCGCCGCCGACCACCGUUAUUGUCCAAAACGUUUGCGGAUAAAAAACUAAAAAGAACAAGAUACGGCCAAGAGAGCAUGCUCAAUUCAGCUUCUGCAGACUCAAGCAGGGGAAACGCUAGUGCAAUGCGCUAUUUUCUCCUGAGCCUGUUGCCUGAAUUCGAAACAAUGUCCGACGAACAGAUGAGACUGUUUAAAAUUAAAGUCAUGCUACUCAUCGACGAACUCAAAACAAACGACACACAGAUUAGACGGAGCGUUAGAAGUUCCACUGAAGGUGAACGACUACAGAAACGUUUAAUUAAUUUGCUGUUAAGAAAUCUUAAGAAAACCUCC